AUCGUCAGCUUUACGACCAUUACAGUGACCGGAGAAAUGUAUGUACUGUAGAGAAUGUGUAAUUGUAAGGAUGAUACCUAAGAAGUUCAUUUACUUUGGAAGAUGGUAGUUACAUUUGAUGAAUUAAAUUAUUUUUUUCCCCCACUUUAAUCACUAUUAUGUAUUAUGAUGUACAUUUAUUGCAAAAGAGGUUUGGCCUGUAAUUUCAUAUGGAGGAACUUUUGGGGUAACUGUUAUUUUUGUUAAAUUAUUAGAUGAAAAUAUAUGUAUUUGGCAUGUACUCAUGAACACUGGUCAUGAUCUUUGGAUAUUUACUCUCAUUCAAAUGUCACUGUACCCCACUAUGAAGCACAUUGUAGAGGUUUCGACUCCACUAAUUACACACACAAUGCUAAGUGCAUACUCACACUGGCAGAAAAUAUGUAGAAAUAGUCCCAGUUAAACAGUGUUCAUAACACUUUAUUAUUAACAACAAUUAUAUUAACAAAAAAAAAAAAUCCAUCGUUGUAAGGAACUGUGGAGCACUUCUUAUCAACAUGGUUAUUGUAAUUAAAAGUAUAUUAUAUAGAUGAUGAUUGUAUCAGCCUAAUGAAACACUUCUGAUUGUAUUUUCCCUGUUGGAUGCGACUAUUUUCGGGUAAAAUGGGUAGUGUACAUAACAUGAUCUCAGUUUUUGUUUUUUAUAACGUCUCCCAUAUUCAGUGUGUUCAUUAAAUAAAGUGUUUCACGAUGUAAAGUGUGCAUACAAACACAUUAUAUUUGGUAAUUGAUGUCAUUUAGACACAUCAGUAAUCCCCAGUUCUGAGUGUCCCCCCCCUCCUGUGUAAAAUGGUACACUCCAGUCUCUCUGAUGUUAACCCAUCUGCCUGGAGGGCACGAGCAUGAGGCGAACAGCGGGUCCGGGGGAAUAACAGCACCAGGUAGUUUAUGUGCUUUUAUUUGGACAAUGAGAUUUAUACCGAGUCACUGGAUUCCAGUCGUACUUAUUUCAGGGUUGACUUGCGACUGUGUUCACGUGACGGUAAAGGAUGAGAAGAAGUUUGCCAUGCUGUUUUCCUCGGUGGUGCUGCAGUGCCAGUACAAAACCCAAUCCACCAAUCUCCCUACGGUGCAGUGGCAGUACAAGUCUUACUGUACAGACCGAACCAGAGAGUCGUUCACCUUCCUUGAGACGCUGGGAGUCCAUGGCUCUAAUCUGGGGGCCAAAAGCCACUUGGACUGCUCCGAUGCAAGUCGUACUGUCCAAAUCGUGGCCUCCAAGCAAGGAAACUCCUUGACCCUGGCUAACCAAUAUAAAGGCAGAGAUAUCUCCAUUAUCAACAAAGCAGACCUUCGUAUCGGAGCGCUACAUUGGGGCGACAGUGGCGUGUACGUCUGUAGGGUGAUCAGUAGUGAUGAUCUGGAGGGCAAGAAUGAAGAUCAGGUGGAGCUGCUGGUGCUGGGUAAGACAGGUGUGCUGAAUGACGUGCUGCCUGAGUUUGAGCUGGAGGUUAUGCCAGAGUGGGCGUUUGUAGGAUCUGUAGUCGUGGGUAGCGUUCUGCUUCUAGUGGUGCUUGGAGUGUGCUGGUGUCAGUGCUGUCCUCACUCCUGCUGCUGUUAUGUACGUUGCUGCUGCUGCCCUGACACGUGCUGUUGUCCGAAGCACUUAUAUGAAGCAGGUAAAAAUGCUAAAAGUGGUGGACAACCUCCUCAGAUCGCCAUGUAUCCACCAUACUAUGGUGUUCCCAUGGUUCCUCGAACAGCACCUUCUCUGAUUGAGCCUAAGGUGCUUGCGGCGCCCCCCUCUGUGGAGAACAACACAGCUAGAGUGGGCGGCGACUAUUGUCUCCAGGCCAGCCCGGUUCAGGACGCAAUGAACGACAUAUACUGCAUAGAGAGGGACCUGGCAAAGUUCCAUACGGCCAAGUGGACAGGUCACCCAUCUGGCAGUGUAUCAGAGCUAAGCUCCUUGCAUGAUGGCGAUGUGGACUUCAGGCAGACCUAUAGGCAGGUGCAAAAGAAAGCUCUGCCUCCAAUCAGAGACCCCAGCAACGAGUCACAGUUCCACACAGCUUCCACAGCUCACAGACUCCGUCCCACACACUGUCGAAGCAGUCGCACUGAAGAACAGCCUGAUAGCCGGUGGAACUGCCGCUCGGAGCACCUGCCCAGGAAGGCCUUUGACACCAGGGGUCGCACGGGGUCUCUGGAUGAACUGGAGGAGUUUGCGAGGAACUAUGGGCACCGAGCUGGAAGGAGGGGUGACUUUCAUGAUUUCCGUGACCCCGAGCAAGAUUUUGACAUGGAACUGAGGUGCCAGAAUGAGUACAGGCCACGUGGUUUCCGGAAUGAUGAUGAUGAUGAUGAUGAUGAUGCUAACUGGCGGCGCCAUAGCCCUCCGUUGCCCCCACAAAGGGGACAUUACACCAGCAGUGAACGGUAUGGUACUCGUAGAAAGUCAUACAAUGAUGUCUAUUUGACCUCUGUGCUGGAGCGCAAGGCAAGGGGCCAGGGAGAAUGCGGUGGGCGGGUUGAUGAGGACAGUGACACGCCAUCAAAGAGCUCCAAGAAGAACAGUGACUGUUACUACAGUAGAUCAAGCAAUCGACCCGAGGAGGAUGAGUCCUUGCCUCCGUACUGUGAGGUAGAUCGCUGCCGGACUGAAGAACCUGCGGAACAAGAACGCUGUCGGACCAUGGAGCCGGCCACGAGGCCGUUCUCUUACACUCGCCCUAAUCAAAGCAUGUCCCACACUCUGCAGGACCUCAGGGAGGACAAGAACAAACCCAGAAAAUUGACCACUCAUCUAAGCAGAGACUCCCUCAUUGUCUGAAGCUCUUGAGUAUCCACGUCGCUGAUCACACUGGACUCGCAUCGUACUAUUGACAUGCACCUACAGGGACAUGCACAAAACAGCAUGAAUGUAUACCAUGUACAUCAGAGAAAUAAUGACACUGGAGUCAAUCAGCAUGUGUGUGUGUGUGUGUGUGUGUGUGUGUGCAUAAAAAUGCAUGUGCGUUUCAUUUAUGAAUGCAUGCUUGUGUCAGUUUGUUUAAAGCCGGCAAAUCAUUCAUCUUUUUUUGGACCUAUCAGUAUUGAUCUCUUCCUGCCCUUAAUCAGAGAACAAAUGGGCAGUGAAUCCUCUCUCAGCUGCACAAAACCCUAUAGACUGAAAAGACCUCAUAAAACCUUGUUUUCAUUUCUUUCUUGAUGAAGCCUUGAUAUUAAGUACUGUAUUUGUGUACCUUUUUUAUUAUUAUUAUUAUUAUUAUUAUUGUUUUAUGUUUGCACUAUAGAUUAAGUUUGCAUUUCAGUGUUAAUCGAGUCUCCCGCAUGGGGAGUAUGGAAUGAUUUUUGGUCAUAUGCUUUCGAGUAUUUCACUUGUUUGAAUUAAAAACUCUUGAUGUAAACACUUCCAUCUUUAAUGUUGUGU